UCUCCAAUGCGCGCCGCUUGGAUGUAUUGUCGUUGCUGUUCGCACUCAUCUGCUCUACCUGGUACUACCACCGCUAGUACUGCUACUGCUAUUAUUACUACGAGGACCACUACCACGACUAUCACGACCACUCCUCUCAUUCCGACUAUUAUUACUUCUUCGACCUCUCCUUUUCGGACUUGGGCGGAGAUAUAAGCACUCCCGGCUCUUCCAACGUUUCCUUUGCUUCUCGGAUCGGUCGUCUUUGCUCUUCUCGGUGUAUCCUGGCCGAUUGGCGCGCCCCGCCUUACUACACCACCGCCUCCACCACCUCGGACUCAUUCCCUAUUUCACCUUUCCACGCGAGACUGUAUAGAGAUCUCCGCUGUCUCUGCGUUAAUUCCUUGCGCGAGAGCCGCCAUGACUGGGGAAGGCGUAAGGCGACCAUUGCUGCCCCAGACUGCGCAAAUGCAAAGCUUCUCGUUUGCGCCGCCUACCGCGGCUCCCCGCGAGAACCAGCGGAACUAUGUCUUCGUUGACGAGCACAAUCGACAUAAACGACUAAAGGUCAUGCGUGCCUGUGAAGGAUGUCGAAGAAGGAAGAUCAAAUGUGAUGCAGCGACCACGAACUCAUGGCCCUGUGCUGCCUGUAUAAGAUUAAAACUCAACUGUGUACCCCCAACCGUCAGUUACGAUGGCAAUGCUUCUCAAUCGUUUGACCUUGACCAGAGCAAUGAGUAUCACUCGACAUCAGCAGCUAUCACUAUAGAUAACUAUCAAAGACCACCGCCCAUACGGCAGAUGAGUGGCGACUCGAGUCAUCUACUUUCGCAGUCUGCUCCGACUUCGUAUGCAGAAUCUAUGCGCAUGUACCCGGCAACCCAUUAUGUCGACCCAGCAGCGCAAGACCUUCAUUCUUACGGCUCUAUGCAGCCUCCUCCAGUGCUCAAUACAGAUCUAAGCUACAAGUCAGGGCCUAUCUACUCUGCCCAUUCUCAAGCUCCAAAUUUGGCGACCCCAAGUUCCGAGGCCCCGUGGCCACAAAACGAUCAGUCUUCCAGUCUAGUCGAAGCCUUGGGAGAGUUGAAGAUUGACCACACAGCCAUAGCUGGUUAUAUCACGAACCAAAAGAAGAGCCUUGCGGAGGCGCCGGCUGUCGAAGAAUACGAAUUCAUUCUCCCACCUGUCACAGGUCCCGAUCAUACCGUUCGCAUACCCCCAGAGAUGAUGCCAUCAGAUGCGCAAGCAUUACAUUACUUUGACUACUUCUUUGUGAACAUCCAUCCAUACAUCCCGGUCAUCAGUCGAACUUAUUUCUAUCAACAAUGGCAGAGCAAUCGUGACUCGAUCUCUCCAUUAAUGCUAGAGGCUAUUUUUGCCUGCUCAAGCCUGAUACUAGGGGAACGGCAACAAGGCAAUAAGUGGCUAGCGCUUGCCUCUAAGCACGAAGAAAGCUUCAAAGAUGUGCCUCGGUUGAGUACGAUACAGGCUAUGCUACUAAUACUCAAGGCACGAGAGUCUGUACCAAAGCGAGGCUAUUUCUAUCGUUCGUGGGUCACCGUGCAAAGCUGUGUGCAAAUGGCAAAAGAGCUAGACUUACAGGACCACUAUGAGAUCCAUCAGCUUGGCAAGUCUUGCGGAUCCACCGGAGCUGACUGUAUCACGAAGACAAGAGUCUGGCAAACACUUUAUAUUCUUGAGAUAGUUGUUGGAGGCCCGCAAGGCCGAAACCCUCGCGACUUCGGCACGACGACCGACACGGUCAGUUUCGAAAUCUGUCCAGUCAUCCCAGGGCACGACGAGUCCGAGAGCCAAGUAUCGAGGCACUUCACCUACUUCACACGGGUCAUCAGGGAGGUUACUCGUACUACCAUUCUGCACUUCAAGCUACGGAAGUUUCGAAAGGACUGGGCCAACGAACCAGAAUUUCUGGCUCAGGGGCAAAAUUACUUGGCAUGGAUGCGAGAUCUACCGCAAGACCUCCAAGUAGGUCUCCCUCCGGACGGGUCCCUACCUUGGAUUCCCUCCCACUUCGUCGCCAACAUUCAUUGCUACUACUACCUCGCGAUCAUCAUGCAUAAUCGUGUGCGGCUGCACCAAGUCACGGACACGUUUGAUGGAACUUGGAAACAGACGAUGAUGCAAGUCUACGAUGCAGCAAAGAAUAUGUGUAGACUCCAAGAAGCCAUAAUCCACAACUUUGGCUUAACGGGGUUGUUCUUUAUGCAGAGAGGUAUCAGCUUUCACAUCUAUGCGGUCCUGACGUGCACGAUGUUACACCUGGUUGCGAUUACCUCUCCUGAUCCGGACAUCAACGCCGAUGCUCGUGAUUUCUUUGUUAGACACAUGCGUAUACUCGAGCAAGUCACACCACACUGGCCAGUUCCAGAAAUGCAAGAGCAAAUUGCUGGACUACGGCAAGCAUUUUCAGUGAACACAGACAAACCAUUCGAGCUUAAGCCAUCGUUCCCCUUUGGAAGUCCGAUUUCACAAACAAAUACAAGCCCUAUCGAGCCGUUUAGAUCUCGAGAUCUUACGCACAACCCGUCACUAGAGCAACCAGGUCAAGUCCACUACAACGCACAAAUCCACCCUAUCACUCCGCCGGUGUCCGCACACGACCACGACCCCAAGACUGACUCUCCCAUAGCCCAGUCAUUGGUGAUGAUGGCACAAGGUCAAACGCCCCAACCAACCGUCUCGACGCCUAUUCAUCAAGUGCCUCAAGAGGCCGUGCAGUGGAAUCCCAAUAGAAUUUUUGAUCAAUGGAAUGCAGCCUUUGGUACGCCCCCUCAAAGUACCUCUUCCCAACCGUCCCCUCCAUUAAGACCACCACCACCAGGCUCGUUUGAGGUGCGAACUCCCCAAGACUCGCAUCCUCCGGCAUUUCCGCAAAUCGCCAGUGUCUCACCCCAAGCUCAUCCACCACCCAAUGUGCAAGCUCAGCUUCCACCACCCGUCAGCUACGCAACCCAGUCAUCUGCUUUUGUCACGCCAAGUAUGUGGCAAGAUGCGGUCGCAAGCUCCUUUCCUGAUCUCAAGCGACGAUGGGACUAUAGCGGGAACCAAGGAGUUAUUGACCACGGCAACAUGUCGAAGCGUCAGCAGCGAGGAAACCAUGGUUAA